CCAGAAUUCACAUUGCUAAUGCAAUGCUUGUUUCAGUUUUGUGUAUUUCAUCAGCGCGUUGAGACCGGAGAACGCACAAUCCACCAUGAAGUUCCCCAGCCUGAUGAUCCUGUGCGGCUCCAUGCUGGCCAUCGCGAAUGGCCUGAGCUUCACGGUCACGUCGCGGAUCUACAUGGACGUGAAGCACAACAAGAAGCCGGUGGGCAGGAUCACCUUCGGGCUGUUCGGGAAGCUGGCCCCCAAGACGGUGGCCAACUUCCGGCACAUCUGCCUGCGCGGCAUCAACGGAACCAGCUACGUGGGCUCGCGGUUCCACCGCGUGGUGGACCGCUUCCUCGUCCAGGGCGGGGACAUCCUCAACGGCGACGGCACCGGCUCCAUCAGCAUCUACGGGGAGUACUUCCCCGACGAGGACAAGGCCCUCGCCGUCGAGCACAACCGGCCCGGCUACUUGGGCAUGGCCAACCGGGGGCCGGACUCCAAUGGCUGCCAGUUCUACGUGACCACCGUGGGCGCCAAGUGGCUGGACGGGAAGCACACUGUCUUCGGGAAGGUGCUGGAGGGAAUGGACACCAUCUACGCCAUCGAGGAUGUCAAAACGGACACGGAUGACUUCCCAGUGGAGCCAGUGGUGAUCUCCAACUGCGGCGAGAUCCCCACGGAGCAGUUCGAGUUCUACCCGGACGACUUCAACAUCCUCGGGUGGAUUAAGGCGGCCGGGCUGCCGGUGACCAGUUCCUUCUGCGUGCUGCUCAUCUUCCACUACUUCUUCCGCCAGCUCAACAUGUACUGCUGAGACGCCCCUCUCUCAAAGUAAACGCUUUAUUACUGCACAUAGGACUAAGGAGCCCCACUCCCAACCCACACCAAACACAAACACACCCACAAUAAACGCGUAUAAAUUUCAA